GGCGCAUGAAGUGGCGACUUCCGGUCUGUCUUUCCGCGGCGCCCGGCGGGUUCGAGUGGGGUCUGGGCUCGGUGAGCGGGGCCUACAGCGUGCAUGCGCGGGGGAAAGUCCCUUUUCCAGGAGCUUAGUUGGACACGUGUGACCCCGUGUCAGCUGCAGCCAUGACGUCCCUGGGCACCAGCAGCCAAUCAGUUACAGAGUAUGUGGUCCGAGUGCCCAACCACCUGCUGCUCAUGGGGGAUGAUGGCCCCCUUCCUCGCAGGAACACGACGAAGAAGUACAACAUCAUGGCCUUCAAUGCCGCCGACAAGGUCAACUUCACCAGCUGGCAACAGGCCAAGAUGGAGCGAGACCUGAGCAACAAGAAGAUCUACCAGGAGGAGGAGUUGCCUGAGUCUGGGGCCGGGAGCGAGUUCAACCGGAAGCUGCGGGAGGAAGCACGGAGGAAGAAGUACGGCAUCAUCCUCAAGGAGUUCAAAGCCGAAGACCAGCCCUGGAUCCUCAAAGUCAAUGGCAAAGCUGGGCGCAAGUACAAGGGUGUGAAGAAAGGCGGUGUGACAGAGAAUGCCUCCUACUACAUCUUCACGCAGUGCCCAGAUGGCGCCUUCGAGGCCUUUCCCGUGCACCAUUGGUACAACUUCACCCCUGUGGCCAAGCACCGCACACUCACCGCCGAGGAGGCCGAGGAGGAGUGGGAGCGGCGGAACAAAGUCCUGAACCACUUCAGCAUCAUGCAGCAACGGCGCCUCAAGGACCAGGAUGAGGAUGAGGAGGAGAAGGAGAAGAAAACCAAGAAGAAGGGCAGUGAGCUGCGCAUCCACGACUUGGAGGAGGACCUGGAGAUGAGUUCGGACGAGAGCGAGCUCAGUGACCCUGACAGUGAGAAGGCAGCCAAGCUGAAGAAGAAGCCGGCACCCACCAAGAAGAAGAAGAAAAAGAAGGGCUCGGAUGACGAGGCCUUUGAGGACAGUGAUGAUGGCGACUUUGAGGGCCAAGAGGUCGACUACAUGUCUGAUGCCUCCAGCAGCUCACUGGAGGAGGAUGUGGGGAAGCCCAAGGUGACCAAGGAGGAGGAUGUGCCCAAAGGCAUUGAUGAGGCGAGUGAGAGCAGUGAGGAGAGCGAGGAGGAAAAGGCACCAGAGGAGAAAGAGGAGGAGGAGGAGGAGAAGAAGGCACCCACCCCGCAGGAGAAGAAGAAAAAGAAAGACAGCAGUGAUGAGUCAGAGACCUCGGAGGAGAGCGACAUUGACAGUGAGACAUCCUCUGCCCUCUUCAUGGCUAAGAAGAAAACGCCCCCCAAGAAGGAGCGCAAGGGCUCGGCUAGUAGCUCCCGUGGCAACAGCCGCCCAGGGACGCCCACUGCAGAUGCUGGAAGCACCUCCUCCACUCUGCGGGCUGCUGCCAACAAGCUGGAGCAGGGCAAGCGGCAGGCAGGCUCUGGGGACCUGCCAGCCGCUAAGCGGCUGAAGCUGGAUGCUGGCGGCCCCCAGCCCACGUCGGGCAAGUCAACACCCCAGCCUCAGUCCGGCAAGUCUACGCCUAGUAGCGGUGAUGUGCAGCUGACGGAAGAUGCGGUGCGGCGCUACCUGACACGUAAGCCCAUGACCACCAAGGACCUGCUGAAGAAGUUCCAGACCAAGAAGACGGGACUAAGCAGUGAGCAGACGGUCAAUGUCCUAGCCCAGAUCCUCAAGCGCCUGAACCCUGAGCGCAAGAUGAUCAAUGACAAGAUGCACUUCUUCCUCAAGGAGUGACCACUGCCCCCCCCCGGUCCCUCCUGGCUUGUGCCCUCCUGGCCCUGCCACCUGUCUCCUAUCCCCCAGCUCAGGGCAGACAGUGCCGGGGGGGGAGCAGGGAACUGGGCCUGGGCAUGCUGUGCUGCCCCUUGCAGCAUAGAGCAGAAAUGGUUCUAGGGAUACAGGGAGCCAAGCCAGGGGCUCUUUGCCCAUGUGCUCAGUCCCCCCUGCACCCCCCCACAUCACCCAGCUUGGGGUAGAUACUGCCAUGGACAUGGGUACGUGGCAGGGGGGAGUAAGCAAAGCGCCCCCUCUGGUUCCCCAGACCACAGCCCCUUGCUCUUCUGGGGCUGGCUGCAAUGGGGGUUUCCCCAGGCAGCAUCUGUCCCUCAAGCCAUGCCUGCUGCACUCCAGCCUGCUUGUGGGGAGCUCCAGGCUCAUGGCUGCUUUUGUCAUGGUAUUGCAAUAAAGUGGGAAGUAGGA